ACGCAUCUCAGCCCCGAUUCUCCGGCCUCCCCCAGGGUGGGCCUUUACGUUGACUGGCCAAAUCCCCGUCCUGGAGCCCGACUCUGCAGGAAGGCAGUCGGGAGCUAAAUGGUGCCGUCCCGCACUCGGGGCUAUUUCCUGAGGACUCGGCCUCCGUCGCCGAAAGCCCCACAAAAGAGGAAGCGAGUCACUGAUCAGAGUGCGCUCUGGGUUCACGUGACCUCCGGGCCUCGGCGGCGAUGGGAAAAACAAGUUGUGUCCUUCCGUUGAUCCGGCCUCGCCGCCCCCCGCGACCCACUCCUUACGCUCUUCCCAGUCCUCUGCCGUAGAAACAGGCUUCGGACCAUGUGGGCAGCCUGCUGCAACUGGUUCUGCCUGGACGGGCAGCCGGAGCCGCCCCCGCAGCCCCUGGGAGCCCGGGCCCGGGCUUACUCCAACCCCGGCUUCAGCGCCCACCCGUCCCCGACCGAGGCCGAGCCGGCCUGCCGGGCCUGCGGACGGCCCCGUGGAGGCGAAGCGCUGGAGCUCGUGUGCCUGGACUGCAGACAGACGUUGUGCCCGUCCUGCUGCGGGCCGGCCGAGGCCGGGCCCCUCCUCUGCCCCCCGUGCCGGCGGGUCCGGGCCACGGCCUUCCGGCGCGACGAGCUGAUGAAGAUGAAGGUGAAGGAGCUGCGGGAUUACCUGGCCCGCCACGGCGUCUCCUCCGAGACCUGCCGCGAGAAGGAGGAUUUGGUCCACCUGGUGACCGCCCAGCGGCCCGCCGCCGGCCCGCCCACCGCCCCCGGGCCUCUCCCCCGGACUCAGGAAGACCCCCAGGCCGUGCCCCCCGCCUCCCCCGGCCCGGUUCGGCCCGCCGGGCACGUACCCCGGGACGGAGACGAGACCGAGCGUCCGGCGGCGGCCGAGGAGGACGAGCCCCGCGAGGCGGGCGCGGAGCCGGAGGUGGACGCUUCGUCCGCGGACUCGGACGAGGCCCCGGCGGCCGGACGCCGGGCCUCCCUGUCGGACCUGGGCCGCGAGGAGGACGUCGAGGCCCUGAGCGUGCGCCAGCUGAAGGAGAUCCUGGCCCGCAACUUCGUCAACUACAAGGGCUGCUGCGAGAAGCGGGAGCUGAUGGAGAGGGUCACCCGCCUGUUCCAGGACCGGCACAGGGAACUCCAGCACCUGGGGAGGGUGGCCGCGCUGGGCCUGGAGGAGAACCUGUGCAAGAUCUGCAUGGACUCGCCCAUCGACUGCGUCCUGCUCGAGUGCGGCCACAUGGUCACCUGCACCAAGUGCGGUAAGCGCAUGAGCGAAUGCCCCAUCUGCCGCCAGUACGUCAUCCGCGCCGUCCACGUCUUCCGCUCCUGACGGCACGGGCGGCGCCGUGACCGGACAGACUCGGGGCGGGGGGCGGGGAGCGUCCCCCCCCACCCUCCCGGCCUUUCUCGGGGAAGGGCGGCAGUUGGGAAGGGAGAAGGUCCUCUCCCCCGGCCCCGAGGAUUCCCGCGGCCUCCCCUGCUUGCCGGCCCUGGCCCUUUUCCUCGCGGAGUCCCGGAGAGGCACGCCCGCGUCCGGCCGCUCCGCUCCUUUUCCCCUGGGUCCGGUGGGAUGUGACCGCCUGCCGAGGGUCCGAUUCCCCGCCUGGGCCUAGAGCAGCCCACCGCCACGGGCCCUGACUAUGCAAGCAAGCCCCCCUACCUCAUGGGCGCAAAGGCAACCUCCCCCGCCCCUCUGCCCGCGGCCGGCCCGGCGGGGCCAGAUCGGGCCGCGGGACCUCGGGAGUCCCGUCGUCCACGAGUCCGUGCCUUUCUCACGCUGGGUUUUGUGGUUCCGGCCCCCGCUCCUUUUGGGGGGCCAGGCGGGGAGCGCUGUGGCUUCGGACGGGGCGGGCCCCCGACCCGCAGCGG